CCCAGCACCCCUCAGUCCCUCAGCGACUCUGGGCUCUGGCCUAGCCUCCACUCCUCCCAGUCCCCAGGUCCUCAUCGACCUCGUCUCUCUCUCGGUCUCCCCAGAUCUCCCACCGGAACCCUACCCGAGCACACCAGCCAUGGCGAUCGCGGCGCGCGCCCUGCGCCGCCUCCCGCUCCACCUCUCCCCCUCGAUCUCCCGCUCCUUCUGCGCAGUUUCCCCGGCCGCCGCCCCAGCCCCCGCCGCGGCGUCCGCCAAGGUCGCCGACCGCAUCGUGCGCGUCCUCGCCAUCGAUCCCGACGGGGCGCGCCGUGAGGUGGUCGGCCUCACGGGGCAGACACUCCUCCGCGCGCUGGCCAACGCGGGGCUCAUCGAGCCGGCCUCCCACCGCCUCGAGGAGAUCGACGCGUGCUCCGCCGAGUGCGAGGUCCACAUCGCGCAGGAGUGGCUCGACAAGCUGCCGCCACCGUCCUACGAGGAGCGGUACGUGCUCACGCGCGCGUCCAGGAACCGCGAGCUCAACAAGCACGCGCGCCUGGGCUGCCAGGUCGUCCUCGCGCCGGAGCUGCAGGGGAUGGUCGUCGCUGUCCCCGAGCCUAAGCCGUGGGACAUCCCGUAAUGGCCUGCCGCGACGAAAGGCAAGGCACAUACGUGCGGCUUUUGACGCUGUGAGCCUUCCUUCAUUCCCCUGGCUCGGUCAAGCUGUGCCAUCCCCUUUUAUGUUACGGAUUUGAUCAAGAAUAAUGAUUGAUGAGCAAAACCUUGGCAUUAGUUAACUUUUGUUCCUUUGAAUGUGGAGUAUAUGAAUGCUGUAAUGUGGAAUCCCUUUGCAAUUACCGCAGUUUAAUGUUUCAUGGUUUGAAGUUUUGUACA